UGCUCGCGAAGCCGCCGUUCUCUCCCCCUCCUCCCUCCCUCCCCCGAAGCAGCGGAGCGCCGUCGCCUCGAAGCAGCCAUCUUUUCGAGCGGAGCCAUGUACGGGACGACGCGGCGGGCCUGCUCCGGCCCCGUGCGGGCCGCCCGCGCCCGGCCGGUGCUGACGGCCGCGGCGCUGCUGUCGGUCGCCGGGCUGAUCUCCGGCCUGCCCGCCGUCGCGGAGGCGAAGGAGUGCGACAAGCCCUGCGUGAACGGGCGCUGCAACGCCGCCACCGGCGGCUGCGUGUGCGUCGCCGGCUGGGUCGGGGACCAGUGCCAGCACUGCGGAGGGCGGUUCAGGUUGACGGGGCCCUCUGGUCAGCUGACCGACGGAGCGGGGCACUACAAGUUCAAAACCAAGUGCACCUGGCUGAUCGAGGGACGGCCGAACACCGUCCUCAGACUUCGCUUCAACCACUUUGCCACAGAAUGCAGCUGGGACCACCUGUACGUGUACGACGGAGACUCCAUCUACGCCCCGCUGCUCGCCGCCUUCAGCGGUCUGAUCGUUCCCGAGCGUUACGGGAACGAGACGGUGCCCGAGGUGGUUUCCCAGUCCGGCUACGCCCUGCUGCACUUCUUCAGCGACGCCGCCUACAACCUGACCGGCUUCAACAUUUCCUACAGGGUGAACGCAUGUCCCAACAACUGCUCGGGCCGUGGCGAGUGCCGCGUGGGCAACGCCCCCGGCUCGGUGCGCUGCGCCUGCGACGACAAGUGGAAGGGCGAAGCCUGGGACGUCCCGUACUGCGCGGCCGACUGCGGCUACCCGCAGCGAGGCCGCUGCCAGGGCAAGACCUGCGUCUGCAAGGACGGGUGGCAAGGUCCGGACUGCCUCGUCUCCGUGCCGGCCAACUCGUCCUUCUGGAGCCGGGAGGAGCACACCGACGCCGGGCUGGCCAGAGCUUCCCACAAGGCCGUGGUGGACCAGGGCCUCAUGUGGGUCAUCGGGGGCUACGUCUUCAACUCCUCCGAUUAUCACAUGGUCAAAGCGUACAACAUCAGCAGCAAGAGCUGGCUGACCCUCGACCCCUCCGUCCACACCGUCACCCCGCGGUACGGCCACUCACUGGCUCUCCACGAGGGUAAAAUCUACAUGUACGGAGGGAAGAUGGACUCCACGGGAAACGUGUCCAGCCAGCUGUGGGUUUUCCACAUCCAGAACCAGACCUGGGUGCUCCUGAGCCCCCGGGCCAAGGAGCAGUACGCCGUGGUGGGACACUCGGCCCACGUCGUGCCCCCCCUCCGGGACGGCGACGGCCCCGUCAUGCUGGUGGUGUUCGGACACUGUCCCCUGUACGGCUACGUCAGCCAGGUGCAGGAGUACGACAUCGCCACGAACACGUGGAGCGUGGUGCCCACGGACGGGGCCCUGGUUCAGGGCGGCUACGGCCACAGCAGCGUCUUCGACCCCGGCACCAGAGGCAUCUACGUCAACGGGGGCUACAAGGCCUUCAACGCCAACAAGUACGGCCUCGCCGGGGACCUGUACAAGUUCCACGUGGACCGGAGGAAGUGGACGAUCCUGAGAGACAGCGGCUUCUUCCGGUACCUCCACACGGCGGUGAUGGUGAGCGGCGCCAUGCUGGUGUUCGGAGGGAACACCCACAACGACACGUCGGCCAGCAACGGCGCCAAGUGCUUCUCCUCCGACUUCCUGGCCUACAGUCUGGCGUGCGACGAGUGGACGACGCUGCCUCGGCCGGACCUCCACCACGACCUCAACCGCUUCGGACACUCGGCCGUCGUCAGUGACAGCGUGAUGUACGUGUUCGGCGGCUUCAACAGCCUGCUGCUCGGCGACGUCCUGGCGUACACCUCGCCCAGCUGCGCCGCCUUCUCCGGCCCGGAGGCCUGCGGCCGGGCCUGGCCGGGGAUCCACUGCGUCUGGAACGACACCCGGGGCAGCUGCCUGCCCUGGGAGGGGGACGCUGUCGGAGGGGGGGAGCAGCCGGCCUCCUGCAACACCCGAUCGUAUGCGGACGAGAGGUGCGACCAGCACACGGACUGCUACAGCUGCACCGCCAACACCAACGGCUGCCAGUGGUGCUCCAGCCAGUGUUUGUCUCAGGGGAGCAACUGCACUUCUUCCAUGGGGGCCAUAGGGGAUUAUGACGUUUGCCCCAAGGACAACCCCAUGUACGUGUGCAACAAGAAAACCAGCUGCAAGAGCUGCUCUGUGGACCAGAACUGCCAGUGGGACACGCGCAGCUCGGAGUGCAUCUCGCUGCCAGAAAACGUGUGCGGGGAAAGCUGGCACCUGGUGGGCAACUCCUGCUUGAAGGUCAUCACGGCGAAGGACUCGUACGACAACGCCAAGCUGGCCUGCAGGAGCCACAACGCCGUCCUGGCCUCGCUGACCACGCAGAAGAAGGUGGACUUUGUCCUGAAGGAGCUGCAGAUAAUGAGCGUGGUGUACAAGGCCACGGUGACGCCGUGGGUGGGGCUCCGGAAAAUCAACGUGUCGUACUGGUGCUGGGAGGACAUGUCGCCCUUCACCAACACCUCCCUGCAGUGGCUCCCCGGGGAGCCCAGCGACGCCGGCUUCUGCGGCUACCUGGCCGAGCCGGCCUCCAGCGGGCUGAAGGCGCAGACCUGCAUCAACCCGGUGAACGGCAGCCUGUGCGAGCGGCCAGCCAACCACAGCGCCAAGCAGUGCCGGACGCCGUGCGCCUCGAGGGCCACCUGCAGCGAGUGCACCGGCAGCAGCUCGGAGUGCAUGUGGUGCAGCAACAUGAAGCAGUGCGUCGACUCCAACGCCUACGUGUCCUCCUUCCCCUACGGACAGUGCAUGGAGUGGUACACGCUGAACAGCUGUCCCCCGGAGAACUGCUCCGGCUACCGGACGUGCGGCCACUGUCUGGACCAGCCGGGCUGCGGGUGGUGCACCGACCCCAGCGACACGGGCCGGGGCCAGUGCAUCGAGGGCUCGUACCGCGGGCCCUUCCAGACCGCGGUGCCGGCCCCCUCCACCCUGCCCGGCCUGCCCGCCGCCCCGCAGCCCGCCCUGAACGCCAGCAUGUGCCCCGGCGAGGCCAGAUACAACUGGUCCUUCAUCCACUGCCCAGCCUGCCAGUGCAACGGCCACAGCCAGUGUGUCAACGAGAGCGUGUGCGAGCGGUGCGAGGACCUGACCACCGGCCGCAGCUGCGAGAGCUGCGUCUCCGGCUUCUACGGGGACCCGACCAACGGGGGCGGCUGCCAGCCCUGCAAGUGCAACGGCCACGCCAGCGUGUGCAACCCCAACAACGGGAAGUGCUUCUGCACCACAAAGGGCAUCAAAGGAGACCGCUGCCACCUGUGCGAAGUCGAGAGUCGUUACCAAGGCAACCCCCUCAAAGGGACAUGCUACUACACGCUCCUCAUCGACUACCAGUUCACCUUCAGCCUGUCGCAGGAGGACGACCGCCACUACACCGCCAUCAACUUCGUGGCCACGCCCGAGGAGCCAAACCGGGAUCUAGACAUGUUCAUAAACGCCUCAAAGAACUUCAACCUGAACAUCACCUGGGCCACGAGCUUCACCGCAGGCACUCAGGCCGGGGAGGAGAUCCCCAUCGUCUCCCGGAGCAACAUCAAGGAGUUCAAAGACAGCUUCUCCAACGAGAACUUUGACUUCCGCAACAGCCCGAACAUCACCUUCUUCGUCUACGUCAGCAACUUCUCGUGGCCCGUGAAGAUUCAGAUCGCCUUCUCGCAGCACAGUAACUUCAUGGAUCUGGUGCAGUUCUUUGUCACCUUCUUCAGAACGAUGCAUCAAUCAAAAAUGUAAUCCGCUCACUUUUCACGUCCAGCUUCUGAGCUUGAGAGGGAAUGCACAUUUUUUAAAUAUUUUUUUUACCUCCUGUUUAAAGUCAUAACUUCCAAAAAUGUAUGAAGAACUUUUUUGAUAAAGGCCCAAAAAAAUGAUUUUUUUUCUUCCAGGCCAUUUUAAAAUCCCAUCACAACAAAAAAAAAAAGUCAGAAAUUUUGAAAAUGUAUUUGUGAGCUUUUUCUGUCAUGUUUUUAAUUUAAAACUUGGCUGCUGCUAAAGCGCGCACCCUUUGAAGUAAAAGUGACCUGAAUGACACAUUUCUUGGCCACAUGAGUCCAAACUGCUGCACGGAGGAAGCUAAAAGCUUUUUUUAACGUCGCACACUGGGACACAUCUGUCACGGAGAUAUCACUGUCAUUGUGGAGAAGUCAAACUUUUUACAUCAUGCAGCCGACAUUUUUCUCUCCCCAAAGUAGUUUCUGGGAUCCUUUUAAAAAAAAAAAAAAAAAAAGUAGUUUGUUGGUGUGUUUUGCAAAUAGUUUACCUGGUUUAUGAAGCCAGAGUCGGAAUAUUGAAGAACAAAUAACAGGUUCGGAUUUAAGUCCAUUUAAAAUCAGCACAUGGAUCCUGCAAUCUCUCCCACCGCCAGCAGGGGGCAGCGCCCUUCGAAAGUCAAUAAAAGCUAAUUUUAACAA